AAGAAGACAAGUCUAGUCCCAAAUCCGUUGCCAGAAGGCACAAGGCAGAAGAACGAAAGGAGCCUCCUCUGUUCCAUCCUUGCCAUUCCCACCCACUCUCCCUAACUUCCCGUUGCCUUCCCUCUCUCUCUCUCUCUCUCUCUCUCUGCUUCCCUUUUUCCUUCUUCUCCUCCGCAAAACUUGCAGACCCAAAACCCCUUUCAAAAUCCACCUCCCUCUCCUUAGCCUUGAAGCUGCUGUUCUCCAUCCCUGCUUCCCAAAUUCAAUCGCUACCCUUCAACCCUGCUUUUUGUUUAACUUCUCAAUUACUCCUUUCCGUUAAUUCUGAACCGCUUUCUGAUCGGCGGCGGUACCCUGAAUUCCCUUGUCGGCACCGAUUACUGGAGAAGAGAAGUCCACCAGUUUAGGCGGAACUGGAAUGGAGACCUUGUCUACGGCGGUUAUUAGAGAGAAUUACCUCAACGGGAAUCACCAGCACCAACAUUCCUUCUCCUCUUCAUCUGCCUCCCUUAGACAUGUCAACUACAGCUGUGGGGUCUGUGGCUAUGAGCUGAACUUGAGCUCUUCGAACAGAAACACAUCGACCAUAGACUCCAAGUAUGGGAAAUCAAUAAAGCGUGGGGUCAUCUCAUUCUUCUACAUCGACGAGAGCAGGUUUACUCUGAUGGACGAGUUCCAAUGCAUUCCAUAUUUUUUCUCAAAGAGCUCGUGGGGCUUUUUCCGUAGGAGAACCAAACUUCUCUGCCGCAAGUGUGGCAACCCAGUUGGCAUUGCUUACGACGACGAAGCUGCAGCUGCCUACCCUCUCGUAUCAGGCGACGAACCAGAGUUAUCCUCCUCUUCAGGCACUUCCGAAGCUACUACUAAACUCAGAAAGUACGACAUCAAAAUCCGCUCUUUACAACCUUCUGCUGUUGAUAGAGUCGGUACGCCACAUUAUCUGUGAUGAUGAUAAAAGCUUCGGAAAGUAAUUCGUCUCUCUUGUGAUAUUCUAUACGAACUCGAGAUUAGUGGCGUGUGUUUUCGAUCUCGUUUUUUGUCUUUCUGUAUCAAGUGUGUAUGUUUCUCAGUGAUGGUGAUCUUUGUACAGAAGGUCUAAAAUGGCAAAUAGAGAGCUAUUGUUGGAGAAUGUCUCGAGAUUGAAAGAAAAACCUUGUUUUUGGGUUUUCCCAGCAGUCCGGAAAUCUGAUAUCUUAAUGGACAAGAAACUAAAGAAAGUGAUUGAAUAGUUGAAUUGCAU